GCCGGACAAACCCGCGUCGGCCUGCCCCGACCCUCCCCCGUGCUCUGGUCCUCCCGCGACCGUUCCAAAUUCCUCCUCGCGUUCGUAUUCCACGCGGCGACGUCGCCAUCGCGGCCGCCGCUCCGCUCCUCUUCCUUCGCCUAUACGUAGGAACCCGCCGCUGCGGCCGCCUCCCCAAACCCUAAGCCUUUUUCCCUCCCACCCGCACGCUCCGGUGCGACGCGGCUCGCUCUUCACCCCGCAGAUCGCCUGCGAUGGGAUCCAAGGACCAGGGCGGAGGGGCCGCCUCCUCGGGCGGCGGCUUCUUCUCGUCGUUCGCCGCCGGCAUGCGCACCUGGGGCACCGCCGUGCACAAAUCCGUCAACGGGUUGCUCGGUUAUGAGGGCCUUGAAGUUAUUAACCCUGAUGGAGGUUCGGAUGACGCUGAAGAAGAGGCCUUGAGGGGGCGAUGGAAGCAGGAGGAUCGUGAUAGUUAUUGGAAGAUGAUGCAUAAAUACAUAGGAUCAGAUGUUACAUCACUGGUGACACUUCCAGUCAUCAUUUUUGAACCAAUGACAAUGCUUCAGAAAAUGGCUGAGUUGAUGGAAUACUGUGAGUUGUUGGACAAAGCAGAUGAAUGUGAGGAUCCAUACAUGCGUAUGGCCUAUGCUGCUGCAUGGGCUGUUUCGGUCUACUUUGCAUUUCAACGUACAUGGAAGCCUUUCAACCCGAUCCUUGGAGAGACUUAUGAGAUGGUUAACCACCAGGGCAUCACAUUUCUUGCAGAGCAGGUUUUUCUAAGAAUAUCCUUUCAGAAAUCUUUAAUUCAAACGACUUAUAUAAAAUAUAUUGCUAAUUCUGCAAUUUUUUUACCCUUAUUUUGUCAGGUAAGCCAUCAUCCUCCAAUGGGUGUUGCUCAUUGUGAGAACGAGCAUUUUACUUAUGACAUCACAUCUAAGUUGAAGACCAAAUUCUUGGGAAAUUCAGUGGAAGUUUACCCAGUUGGAAGGACUAGGGUGACACUGAAAAAAUCUGGCAUUGUUUUUGAUUUGGUGCCACCACUAACAAAGAUUAACAACCUGAUAUUUGGGCGCACUUGGAUUGAUUCACCUGGAGAGAUGGUCAUGACAAACCUGACAACUGGAGACAAAGUUGUGCUAUAUUUCCAACCAUGUGGUUGGUUCGGGGCUGGUCGGUAUGAGGUGGAUGGGUAUGUGUACAGUGCACAGGAAGAACCCAAAAUAAUGAUUACAGGGAAAUGGAAUACAUCUAUGAGUUGCCAACCAUGUGAUCAAGAAGGCGAACCUCUUCCAGGCACCGAGCUGAAGGAGAUCUGGAGACUCGCCCCUACCCCAAAGAAUGACAAAUACCAGUACACACACUUUGCUCACAAAAUAAAUAGCUUUGACACAGCACCUAAGAAGCUGUUGCCAUCUGAUUCCCGGUUGAGGCCUGAUAGAUAUGCCCUUGAGAUGGGUGACAUGUCGAAGUCUAGCUCUGAAAAGAGCAGGCUCGAGGAACAACAGAGAGCUGAGAAAAGAGUUCGCGAGGCCAAGGGUGAGCAAUUUACUCCCAAAUGGUUUAACUUGACAGAUGCAGUCAGCCCUACCCCAUGGGGUGACUUGGAGGUUUAUGAAUACAAUGGCAAAUACACCGAGCACCGAGCUGCCAUAGACAGCUCCAAUGUCGCCGACGAGACAGAUAUCACUUCGAUCGAGUUCAACCCAUGGCAGUACGGCAGCUCGUCCUCCCAAUGAUUUCUCAUGGUCUGAACUCAGAAGCUGGCAAGCUUUAUUGUUAUUGUGUAAAACGCUCCCAGGCCUCGGUUUGCGCUGAUUGUUGUGCUGUCAGCGGUUUUCAUGCCUCUUUGUAGUAUUAUUAUGACCUUCCUCGUGCCCCGUGCUAUAACUAUUCAGGAAGUAAUGUAUUUGCUGUAGUCCAUGUACUGUCAUUAAUCUAGCAGAACUUGCAGAGUUCCAUUGA